AUGCAGGCAGAAGGAUCUUCACCGGGACUGAGCUCCUACGGCAGUCCCAGCACAGCACACCGACCAAGCAUUUCCGACCCAUCCACGUCUCCAUCGACAUGCACGACGUACAGCGAGUCCGCGGAGCAACUCAUCGUAUUGAAGCUGGACGGCGUGGUCCGCGACAUGAUCACCGCCGUGAAUGAGCGCAACUUCUCCUCCGCCCGACCGCCUUGGAGCACGAACAUGUCACCUACGGCUCGAGUUGUGCCUGGAAACUUGCUAUCGGCGGAGGAAAUGGACCGCCAAGGCUAUCUGGACUGGUUGAAUAAAAUCACCGCUGCGAGGCCUCAUUUUCGGCAGAUAAUUACGGAUCUUAUGAUUGAGGUCAAGCAUGGCAGAUCUGCGGAAGUUAUCGCUCAAAAGGAAACGCAUGGGAGUCCGCCUGGUCUGAUCAAGCCUUCGAUUGUGUCGAUGGAGUUUCGCUUGGUUGAGGAGAGGUGGCUGUGCACUUCUAUUCGCUCGGUGCAUGGUAUUGGAUCUAUGAUCAAUGGCUGA